AUGUCGUCCACACCCGUCAUGAUUCCAAAGACGCCGUCGUCAGUUCCCCCGACAGAGGAAGAAGUUGCAUCGCUUAUAAACACCAUAUUCAACUCGGAAAGGUCACAAGAGUCCCUGGACGCUUCGUACGCCCUGACCAACCUCCUAAUCCAGUCUGUCGGGUUUCGCGGACUACACGGAUAUAAUCUGUUGAAGGAUAUCAAGAAAGGGGCUGGGGAUAAGAAAAGCGGAGCAAAACGAGAAAGUGCAAUGUUGAUUCUGGGCGCUCUCUUCGAAAGAUUCCCCCCAGAACAGCCACUCAGUGAAGUUGUAUUCUUGAUCGAGGAUGGAGGACUGCUUUCUCUUGCCUUGGAUGCCUUGGCUGAUAAGGGUGCUGUGGUGCGGGAGUCCGCCAAGUAUGCAGUGGAUGCGCUGUUUUCUUGCCUGAAGGUCGAGUCGUUAGUCACUGCCCUUGUCCCAGCACUCUCAGCAUAUCUCAGGAAAUCUAGUGGGAAAUGGCAAGGUGCCGUGGAAGCCUAUCGACUGCUGGAGAAGGUAGCUGAGAAGACUCAGGCGGGCUCGGAUACGAAGGAGGAAAGUUUGCAGAAGGACCUACUCCGGGAUUCCUUGGGCAGAUGCUUGAAAGAACUUAUCCCUAUUGUCGAGUCCGGUAUGCAUGAUCUGAAAAGCGAGGUCUCGAAACAAGCAGUUAAAACCAUGACUGCCUUGACUACCGUACUUUACAAUGACGAUGUUGCUCCUAGAAUUUCGUUGCUGAUUAAAGCCAUGGAAAACCCUGAUGCACAAACGUUACAAAAGGCCAUUCUGGCACUAUCUCAGACCACAUUCGUCGCGAUUGUUACAUCUCCUGUGCUUGCUCUCCUUACUCCUCUUCUGGAACGAUCCCUAAACACGCCCACUACCCCUCAGGAGGUUCUUCGCCAGACCGUUGUUGUCGUGGAGAAUCUCACAAAGCUUGUGCACGACCCUAAUGAAGCGAGAACAUUCCUGCCGAAAUUAAAGCCAGGUGUGCAAAGUGUAAAGGACAGGGCGUCUUUGCCAGAAGUUCGAGAGCUAGCAACGAGGGCUUUGGAUGUCAUUCACAAGGCUAUGGGCGAUGACAGUAGUAAUUUGGCCAACGGUGUUGUGGCGCAAGUAUCAACAGAUGAAAUCUUGAAAGUUCUGGAGAAUCAAGUGAAUAUCCACGGGGGGCUCGUGAAUAAACAAGAUGAACCAUUCUGGGCGCUCGCGAAGACAUAUAUUUCCGAAAUGGUUCGCGAUGAUGUCAAUUCGAGACUUCUUGACCGCAUUCCACUCUGUGUUAGGUCAUAUCUCAGCCAACUGGUGAACGAGGGACAAGAGGAUGCCAUCGCCGCAGCAGUUCACGCUCACUUCGUGGAAGAGGACAAACGGAAAUACGGAGUAAAUGUUCAAGAAGACUCAGGUGAGGUUGAAAUUGUCAAUGCUGAUUUCUCCCUCGCCUAUGGAGGCAUGCUUCUUCUGUCCCAUACAAACCUGAGGCUCCUUAAGGGGCACCGAUACGGACUCUGCGGACGUAACGGAGCGGGAAAAUCCACACUCAUGCGCAGUAUUGCGGAGGGCAAACUCGAGGGAUUUCCUCCCAAGGAUGUUUUGAAGACAUGUUUCGUGGAGCAUAACCAAGGUGAAGAUGCGGAUCUGAGCAUCCUGGAAUUUGUCUCCAAAGACCCGGAAUUAGCUGCAACGGGCAAAGAACGAAUCUCUGAAGUUUUGAACGAAGUUGGUUUCACAGCUGGUCCUGGCGGGCGACAGGAACAAAAAGUUGGGUCACUUUCCGGUGGAUGGAAAAUGAAGCUGGCUCUGGCGCGAGCUAUGCUUAUGAGAGCUGACGUUCUCCUUCUCGACGAACCGACAAAUCACUUGGAUGUAGCGAAUGUGAAAUGGCUACAGGACUAUCUGAAGCAGCACACAGAAGUCACUAGUUUGAUCGUCAGUCAUGAUUCUGGAUUUUUAGACGAAGUCUGCACCGAUAUCUACCACUAUGAAGGGAAAAAGCUGGUCUGCUACAAGGGUAACCUUGCUGCGUUUGUCAAGGUCAAGCCGGAAGCGAGCAGCUACUACACCCUUAGCUCAAGUAAUGUUCAGUUCAAGUUCCCUCCUCCGGGUAUCUUGACCGGUGUGAAGUCGCAGACCCGUGCCAUCCUUCGCAUGACCAACGUUACUUACACGUAUCCCGGCAAUUCCAAGCCCUCUCUGGUCGAUGCGAACUGUUCCCUAACGCUUUCAUCUCGCACAGCUAUCAUUGGUGGCAACGGCGCUGGUAAAUCAACUUUCAUCAAGCUCUUGACCGGAGAGCUCAUUCCUCAAUACGGCAAGGUUGAAAAGCACCCCAAUCUUCGAAUAGGGUAUAUCAAACAGCAUGCCUUGGAGCACGUGGAAAUGCACAUGGAGAAAACUCCCAACCAGUAUCUGCAGUGGAGAUAUCAGAAUGGCGACGAUCGAGAGGAGUUGAUGAAGCAGACCAGAGUUCUGACUGAGGAAGAUCGAGCGCAAAUGGAGAAACCCAUUGACAUCGGCGAUGGAAGGGGCCCACGUCGGAUCGAAGCCUUGAUUGGUCGACAGAAAUAUAAGAAGACAUUCCAAUAUGAAGUUAAAUGGAUAGGGAUGAUUCCCAAAUACAACACAUUUAUCUCCCGCGAAACACUGUUAAAGGAAGGCUUCCAAAAGCUCGUUCAAGAAUACGAUGACCACGAAGCCUCACGCGAAGGUCUUGGAUACCGCGUGCUGGAACCAAAAGUGAUCUCCAAACACUUUGAAGACGUCGGCCUCGACCCAGAAAUUGCAAACCAUAAUCAAAUCUCUGGCCUCUCAGGCGGUCAGAAGGUCAAAGUCGUCCUCGCCGGCGCCAUGUGGAACAAUCCACACCUGCUCGUCCUCGACGAACCAACUAACUUCCUUGACCGUGACUCGCUGGGCGGUCUCGCCGUUGCCAUCCGCGACUACAAGGGUGGUGUAGUGAUGAUUUCCCACAACGAGGAGUUCGUCGGUGCCCUCUGCCCCGAGCAGUGGCACGUGGAGGACGGGCGGAUGACGCACAAAGGUCAUGUAUCCCUUUCUCUCGACCGGUUCGAGGACAGCUCUCGUGCUCCAAGCACUGUCGCAAGCAGCGUUGUCUCGAGCGCGGUGGCCUCCGCUGCUAACUCCGGAGCUGAGGAUGCAGGCGGAGAGUUGAAAUUCAAGGCCAAGAAAAAGAAGAAGUUGACUCGUGCGCAGAUGAAGGAUCGUGAGGUGCGGAGACGUUUGAGGCAUAUUGAGUGGCUGAACUCCCCCAAGGGCACACCUCAUCCGGUUGAUACUGACGAUGAAGAGUGA